AUGAACCAUCUUUUAGAGCCUGUUCGGACUAAAUUACGCUCUUCGCAGAUCCUCACUUCCUUGCCUCAAGUAAUUUCAGAGCUUGUACAGAAUUCUUUGGAUGCCAGAGCCAACCAGAUUGAAGUCGGGGUAGACUGCGAAGAAUGGGAAUGCUGGGUAAAAGAUAACGGCGCAGGGAUCAGCAAGGAUGGCUUGUUGACGUUAAGCAAGCGCCUUGAAGCAGGGAGGUACAACACUUCCAAGGCGUAUGCUCCCAAUGAUCAUGUCAUGGAUAGAAAUUUUGGGUUUCGAGGCGAAGCGUUGGCGUCCGCCGCAGACAUAUCUUGUGUGGAAAUAUCCACCCGAACUCCAACAUCGAAAGAGAGCUGGACCGUCAUUCUCAAGAGCGAACAAUGUCUUUAUGAUGGCCCGUCUGUUCGCUGGCGAAGAGAGACUGCAGGAACGACAGUGUGCCUCCGUGACAUCUUCUACAAUCUUCCUAUCCGUCGUUCCACACAUUCGUCCUCCUCUAAGACGUUAUCGAUCAUCCGCAAAGAUAUAGAGCUGCUCGCACUGGUGUUUCCUGAAGUAUGUUUCUCUCUCGACGACAUACACAGCGCUAGACAGGGACGGCUUGGGGAGGGACGAAUUGCCACCAUACCCAAGACCUCUUCAACGCUGUCAUCUUUUCGCCAUAUAUUUGGCAAAGCUCUUGCUACACAUGUCGAUGAAAUUGAUGUCACGGCCGGUGAAAUAUCGAUUCGGGGCUUCAUUAGUCUAGAUGGUGCAUUAUCCAAGACCCACCAGUAUCUCUACGUGAAUCGGCACCCUCUUACGCCAUGUCAUUUGCAUCGUAAAAUAGAUGACGAGUUUGCAAACAGUUCUUUUGCAAAGCAUGCAUUUGAUGAAUCAGGCAAGACUAGUUUGCCUUUAUCUGCCGCACGACGCACUCUCAGGAAAUGGGAUAAGAAGCCCGUAUAUGUCCUGGACCUUACAAUUCCUAGAGGAGACGUAGAUAAUCUGUUAGAGCCAGCCAAAGCAACUAUGCAGUUUCGGAACGGGGAUAUUGUGAUCAACUUCGUCGCUUCCGUCAUACAAUCAUAUCUCGUACGCAACGCUUUCAUGUCCCAGAAUUCUUUUGGUGUUGUUAGUACAUCUCCUGCUCCAGGUCCUGCGAAAAGACGCAGAGUCAAUUUCCCGACAUCACUCGAGACAGAGAAUACACCAUCUACUACCUCUUGGGCCCGUAAACACCACAGUGUUCAUGGCAAACCUAUUACCGACAGUUUAUCUGGAAAUACCGUUGACCAGAUCAACUGGACAGACCAGAUUACUGGGGUGACCUAUAACAUCGAUCCACGGACGGGAAACUCGUAUGUCCGUGGAAAGUCGAGUGACGGGGCCGGUAAUCCUGAGCGACCCGGCUCAUACAAUAGGAGAAUGCUAGUUGAUACGCGAUGGCUGAAGGGCAAAGACCAAGGAAGCCGGAUCGGCGACAAAGAUACUCCACGAUGGGUUUUGAACGCUCUGCAGAUUAAUGACACAUUUACUCCCACUGAACCCCACAUACCAGUUGUUUCUCCGAACCUCCCACCCACGUUAAACACGGAGGGCAACACUUUCGUCUCGCUUGCCAGGCAGUCGAAAGAUCUAGAGGAAUCCCAGUCGAAACGGAGUCGGUUCUUUGACAGCUGCCUUCAACCCCGCAUUAUAAGGCGCUUUCGGAGAGAUGAUUUAUUACGUACAAAAGUCAUUGGCCAACUUGACAAGAAAUUCAUAGUGUGCACUAUCGAUACUCCCCGCAACAGCGCCAUGUCUGGGACCAGCAAUCAAACCGAGGCCGACAUUUCUUUGAUACUCGUUGAUCAGCAUGCUGCCUCUGAACGCGUUCGCGUUGAACGGCUCCUCAAAGAACUUUGUCUGGGUUUCCUCGGUACUGAUGCUACUGGGGUUCGAUGUGUAGAGCUGGCUCCCCCAAAGCCUGUCCUUUUGACAAAAACAGAAGCUCAAAUGCUGCAAGCAACGCCUAGCAUCAGGGAAACCUUACGACGAUGGGGUUUCUCUUUCGCCGAUGCCCCACAACACGAAGUUGAAGAGGCUGUAUAUCAACAAGUUUGGGUCAAGUGUGUGCCAGAGGUUGUUAGCGAGAAGCUCAUGACAUCCGAUGAGAUGCAGAGGUUGCUAAAGGGAUAUUUGGCUUCCUGUGAAGCGGACGGUGUCGCUUCCGAGCCAAUCGAAGGCGAUUGCGAAGAGAACGUAGACGAAUUCUUGUGGCAUAAGGCGCUUCGCUCGUGCCCACGUGAGCUGCUUGAUCUAGUCAACUCUAGAGCAUGUCGAGGUGCCGUUAUGUUCAACGAUUCGCUCACUUUAGAGCAAUGUGAGCGACUAAUUGAACAGCUAGCAGAAACUGUCUACCCAUUUCAGUGUGCUCAUGGAAGACCAUCGUUAACACCUCUUUCCACUACAUCAACCCGAAGCGAGACUGUGCGACGGGGUGCACGCACUGACUGGGAAUCAUUUCCUCAUGGUCCUUGAUGAGGAAGUGAAUCGACAGAACAAGAAGAAGGCGGUGUAUGCGCAUGCCGUGAUUUCAAUUCCUUUGUGAAUUACAUGUGCAUGGGCCGGUCGAAGCCAGUAAUUUCCAAGGCCAUCGAUCUAUCGAUGCGCAGAAUGUGAAGGGUACAACGAUCAUAGGCGCUCUCGAGUCACGGGUGGUGUUGUGUUGAUGUAUGACGCAUCCGGCACCGAUGACAUCAUAAUCCCAGUUUCCUCUUUAUACCCCUUUGCGCCAACUCAGCCUGUCACCAGCUCAC